AUGGUUCGCUACUCUCUGGAUCCGGAGAACCCCACGAAAUCAUGCAAGUCACGGGGAUCCAACCUGCGAGUGCAUUUCAAGAACACUCGUGAGACUGCCCAGGCCAUCAAGGGUAUGCACAUCCGCAAGGCCACCAAGUACCUGAAGGAUGUCACCCUGAAGAAGCAAUGCGUGCCCUUCCGUCGCUACAACGGAGGCGUCGGUCGGUGUGCCCAG